AUGUCUCAGAGGAGGAAUAAAGAGAAGUUCUUCGUGGACGCUGAUCCAACAACUGCCCAAGAAAUUAAAGCCAGCAUUAGUGAUUUUCUCAUGGCGGCUGCUCCAACAACCAAUUUGGAUUUGCUAGACAAAGUUGGCUUUACUAAUGAAAGAGAUACAAAUGAUGAAUCAAGAAUAAUGAAAGAACAUCAAGAAGGACAAGGCUCCCUCGACGAGAGUAAGGAUUCGUUGCUUGAUGGUGAGACAUCAAAUCAUGAUAAUCAUCUAAGUGAUUUUCCCCUUAAAAGUCGACAUUGGGUCAAAGGCAUUGGAGGAGAAGAGUUUGGAAGCUCAGAAGAAGAUGCAGAGAUUCAUGAGGAUAGAAACCAUGCGGUGGAGUGGAACGAAGACGAUCAGAAGAAUUUGAUGGAUUUGGGGAUCUCAGAGAUUGAAAGAAAUAAGCGUCUAGAGAGCUUGAUUGCGAGGAGGAGAGAGAAAAAGUUGUUCAAGAUGAAAACCGAGAAAGGGAUGGUAGAUAUAAAUAUCGGCCCUUGUUCCUCACCUAGUGCGUCGACAACAUCAAUUAUUGCUCCAGUCUUUAUCUCGAGGAAUGAUCCAAUCCACGUUAGUCAUGAGGAACCAAAUCAAUCUCCUGGGAAAACAUCAUUGACCGAAGAAAAAGAAUCAGAAGUUGUCAGCAAAAUGACAAUUGAUCAUAUGGAAAGAAUCAAAGAGAAGAACCUAAAAGAAGCUAUUAAUAAAACCGAAAUACCAACAGAGGGAAAUGAAAUUUCCCCAAACCCACGACCUCCAGCCUUGCCUCGUCCGAUUCCUAAAGCUGCAAGUGCAAGUGAUCUUUCCAAUGAUGCAAGUUUGUCAAUAAUUCACCAUACAAGAGUUGAUGAUCACUACCCAAAUAAAGCGUCAUGGCAUACUCCGACCAACUCUGUUGCAUCAGACUUGCAAGUGGAGGUAUCAGAGGUCAGUUCUCCUCCGUCAACAGUGGAUGGGGCUGAUACCGACGAUGAUAAGUCAUUGACUUACGAUGCAGACAUUGAGAAGGAGAUCAAUUCAGGGAGCGAGGAAUUGUGGGGGUUAUCUCCACAUGCACCAAAGAUAGGGAAACAUGAAUUAGCACUGAGAUUUCUUGAUGAGGCAAGUGAGGAAGGCAUGAGGAAGACAUGGUUAUCGACUCGUGCUGCUGAUGAAUCUAUAAGUGCAGCCACGUCUCCUGUACCACUAGAAAUGAAAUCACAAAGCCAAGUAAGGUCAAAAGAUUUGGAUGGGGAGAUCAAAAGUGAUGUGAAACAAGUUGAAAAAGAAGCAGUUUCAGAGCUUUUGAUAAAGGGUAACGUUGGGCAACCGACGACUGAAAAUGAAGAUAUAGUUCCUUUGCCGGAUUCUGAGGAAACAUUAGACUCUUUACAUGAGGCCACCAAAGUAGAGACGAUGAUAAAUCAUGACACUGGUGAAGUUGAUGGCAAAGAUAAGAAGGAAGAACUAAGAUCAAUUGAACAACAAACCAUUUAUGAAAUCAAAGACAACGAGUUGAGACCAAUAGAGGAACUUAGUUUAGAACUUGAUAGCAAUAUCGAGCGGGAACUACUGCAAGGUCCAGAAAAAGUGGCUGAUGUUAUAGUAAAGAGAACAACAGAACAAACAAAUGGUUCAAGAUCAACACAAGAUUUGAUUGGAACAACUGAGCAGUUACAUCAUGAAGAAGCUAGAGAAAAGUUGGUGACACUUGAUCCUAGUAUAGACAAUAACAGUUUUGUUUCAGCUCAGUUACAGGAAACUUCAAGGUCUUUAGAAGACAUUGAAGAUUUAAGAGAUAAUACAGGUUUACUUGAAGUUGGUGCAAAGAAAAUUGAGUCAAGCUCUUCAUCUAAGUCCGUUCUACCAAUUCAACCAAAUAUUAGGAUAGAAGAAGAUAUAACUGAUUCAAGCUUUAAUACUACUCCAGGUAAUCAUAGUUAUGUUCCAACUCAAGCAGAUGAAACUUUAAGGUCCACUGAAGAAGUUAAAAAUUGUAAAGAAGACAUGAGGAGUGAGAAUAUUCAACAAAUCUUGGAAUCAGAGCAACCACAUAGAAGUACUUCUUCAGAUGAAGCUGGCAUCAAUAACCUUGAAAUGGAUAAUGACCAAAGACAUGAUCCACAAUCUCCACAGUGGAAUAACAAGUAUAAAGAAGAGAUGAAACCUGCAACUUUGAUUGAAAACAUGUGUAGCAGUGACUCAGGAACAACUAUUGGAACCUGUCAUAUGCAAGAAAUUUCCAAAUCACCAGGGGAUGAUGAUUAUAGUCCCAAUUCUGCAGCACAUGUUGAAGUUGCAAUAGAGAAUGUCACUAAAGGUGAAGCCAAUGGGUCUCAUACUACUCCUGAAGAAAAGGUAAAUGGAUAA